UGUUAUGUCUCAGACUCGGAGGUAGAGAGUCAGAGCUGCUAGUCUGGCGGAUCUCAACCUCUGAAACAAACCCCCGGUGUCUUCUCUCAUCCGUCCCCGCUUCCCUACUCACUUACCCGGGUUUGUUUCUUUCCGGAGCCUUGGACGCUUCUAAUUCUUUCUUUUUCUACCCUUCUUCUUUCUCUCGACUCCGGCCAACAGUUUGGUCUUUGGGAUUUGGUUUUUUAUUACUAUUCGGUGGUGAUUUCAACACUGUUCCUUGCUGCUGCUGCUGCUGCUGCUGCUGCUGCUGCCGCCGCCGCCGCUUUUACGCACCGACGCAUAUUUUGGAUUUGCUGGUCACUGGAGAAAAACACAACAAUCAGCGAGGUGGAUCCGUGGAUGCGCCUUUUUGGCUCAAACUGGAGAUGGAAAUGCUGACAUUGUUAUUUCAUUCCCUGUGGAUAUUGCAAUGCAACACUGUGAGCGCCGACUCCAUCAUUCACAUUGGUGCAAUAUUUGAGGAGAACGCAGUGCGGGACGAUGAGGUGUUCCAGCUCGCCGUGUCUGACCUCAGUCUGAGUGAUGACGUCCUGCAGAGUGAGAAGAUCACACACUCAAUUAAACUCAUCGAGCCCAACAACCCUUUCCAGGCGGUGCAGGAAGCCUGCGAGCUGAUGAACCAGGGCAUAUUGGCGUUGGUUACCUCGACGGGCUGCGCGUCAGCCAGCGCACUGCAGUCCCUGACGGAUGCCAUGCACAUCCCCCACCUGUACAUCCAGAGGAACAGCGAGGGAUCACCGCGUACUGCCUGCCAGUUCAACCCGAGCCCCGGCGGGCAGCGCUACACGCUAGCUGCCCGGCCGCCCGUACGCCUCAAUGACGUCAUGCUGACUCUAGUGGAAGAGCUGCGCUGGCAGAAGUUUAUCGUGUUCUACGACAUCGAGUAUGAUAUCCGUGGCCUGCAGGGUUUUCUGGACCAGACGUCCCGUCAGGGCGUAGACGUGGCUUUGCAGAGAGUGGACAGGAACAUCAGUAAAGUCUUCACCAACCUCUUCACCACCAUGAGGACGGAGGAGCUCAAUCGGUACAGAGACACACUACGCAGAGCCAUCCUGCUACUCAGCCCCCACGGAGCGCACACGUUCAUCCAGCAGGCGGUGGAAACAAAUCUGGCAUCCAAAGACAGUCACUGGGUGUUUGUGAACGAGGAAAUCAGCGACACGGAGAUCCUGGAGCUUACCCACAGUGCACUGGGGCGCAUGACGGUGAUCCGGCAGAUCUUCCCCAUGUGGAGGGACAGCAGCAGCCGCUGUAUGAGACACAACCACCGGAUCUCCUCUCUGCUGUGUGACCCGCAGGAAGGAUACCUGCAGAACCUGGAGGUGUCGAACCUCUACCUGUAUGACAGUGUGCUGAUGCUGGCCAACGCCUUCUACAGGAAGCUGGAGGACAGGAAGUGGCACAGUAUGGCCAGCCUCAACUGCAUCAGGAAGUCCACCAAGCCGUGGAACGGAGGCUGGUCCAUGCUAGAGACCAUCCAGAAGGGCAACAUCACGGGUCUGACAGGUACGAUGGAUUUUAAGGACGGCGGCUCCAACUCUCACGUCCAGUUUGAGAUCCUCGGCUCCAGCUUCAGCGAGACCUUCGGCAAGGACAUCAAGAGGCUCGCUACGUGGGACUCGGUUCACGGACUGAACGGCAGUCUGAAGGAGAGUCGAAUAGAGAAUGGCAUGCAGGGCGUGACGGUCAAAGUGGUCACUUUACUGGAGGAUCCUUUUGUCAUGGUGGCAGAGAACAUUCUCGGGCAGCCGAAGAGAUAUAAAGGCUUCUCCAUCGACGUCCUGGACGCCCUCGCCAAAAUCCUGGGCUUCAAAUACGAGAUCUACCAGGUGGCAGACAGUAAAUAUGGAUCUCAGCUUCCUAACGGUUCAUGGAACGGCAUGAUCGGUGAUCUCAUCAACAAGAGAGCCGACUUGGCGGUGUCAGCCAUCACCAUCACGCCAGAGAGGGAGAACGUGGUGGACUUCAGCAAGCGCUACCUGGACUACAGCGUCGGCAUCCUGCUGCGGAAACCCGAAGAAAAGAUCAACAUCUUCUCUCUGUUUGCGCCGUUCGACCUGGCCGUCUGGGCCUGCAUCGCGGCGGCGAUCCCCGUGGUGGGAGUGCUCAUCUUCUUGCUCAACCGGCUGCAGGCGCUUCGCUCCUCCUCUACCCAGAAUGCACCGCCGGGCCAGCCCUCCAAUGGCGUGGGGUCGGGCACUCUGCACAGCGCCAUCUGGAUUGUUUACGGAGCGUUCGUAAAUCAAGGUGGGGAUGGUGCGAUCGGCUCGGUGGCUCUGAGGAUCGUCAUGGGCAGCUGGUGGCUCUUCACGCUCAUCGUGUGUUCGUCGUACACUGCCAACCUGGCGGCGUACCUCACCGUGUCACGCAUGGACCACGCUAUACGGUCGUUCCAGGACUUGGCGCGGCAGAUCGACGUGGACUACGGCACGGUGAGGGACUCGGCGGUGUACGACUACUUCAGGAACAAAGGCACCAACCCUCUGGAGCAGGACAGCACCUACGCUGAGCUGUGGAGGACAAUCAGCAAGAACAGCGGCAUGGACUACUCCGUGUCCAGCCCGUCUGAGGGCAUCCGCAAGGCUCAGAAGAGUCCCUACGCCUUUCUGUGGGACAUGGCGGUGCUGGAGUACGCCGCCCUGACGGACGACGACUGCACCAUCACUGUGUCGGGAAACAGCAUGAGCAGCAAAGGCUACGGCAUCGCCAUGCAGCACGGCAGCCCCUACAGAGACCUCUUCUCACAGAAGAUCUUGGAGCUGCAGGAGAAAGGCGACCUGGACAUCAUGAAGCAGAAGUGGUGGCCCCGCACCGGCCGCUGCGACCUCAACAGCCACGCCAGCGCCCACCCCGACGGCCGCUCCCUCAAGCUGCACAGCUUCGCCGGAGUCUUCUGCAUCCUGGCCGCCGGCCUGCUGCUGGCCUGCCUGGUGGCCGGGCUGGAGGCUUGGUGGAACAGCAACCGCUGCCGCCAGGAGCAGCCCAAAGAGGUUACUAAGGAUUACAGACUGGCAAGGGUUUCUGGUCCAUUGACAUAUAAUGACAUUACAACUGCUUCAUCGGAGGGGAGGAGGGACAUUUGGACAGACAGAGAGAGAGGCUGGGAUGAAGCAGAAGCUAUUGAUACAGGACAAGGAGGUGAAUCUGGCACAGGUGCAUCGUCGUAUGAACAGUCUUUUGGACGAGGACUUGGCCCACAAGCAGAUCCCCGGCCCCUCUAUCGAGAUCUCUGCGCUGGACAUCGGCAGCAUGCAGCCCAGCCAGGCCUCUCUGCUGCAGGGGCCGGAGUCCGUGCGGGACUACCCGCCCUCGGGCCUCGCUGUGACCACCUUCCUCCCCGGGGAGGGGGCGCCGCCUCCUCCUCUUCCCCACCCUCACCAUGGGGGGACCCUAGGCAGGACGCUACCCCCGUCCCAGGGCCCUGGCAGCAACACGUUGCCCCUGCACCACCCGCUCAGCAGCACCAGCCUCAGCGGCACCAUGCAGUGCAAACACAGGGCCCCCAACGGGGGGCUCUUCCGGCAGAGCCCUGGCAAGACACCCAUGCCAAUGUCCUACCAGGCAGUCUCCGCAGGACCCAUACCCGAAGCCAUUGAGGCCACUCACAGCACAUCCAUAUAGUGAUAGGAGGGGGGACGGGGGGGAUCUGGACUUUGGUCUGGUUUUUGAUGCGAGGCGCGUUGGGGAUCUCUAGAGGAAAAUGAUUACAGAAAAAAAAAAAACGUGUACAAAGUAAAAAGAUUUUGUAUCUCACUUCCUGUCCGAUGUUACAAAAGAAAAACAAAGCGUGGAGGCGGGCGGGUGUAAUUUUCUCUUGUACAUAUCUGUAAAUACCAAGAGAACGAAGUGAGGUUAAAGUGUAUUUUGAAUAUUCUCAAUUUUUGGAAGUUGAGUUAUAAAAAAACAAACAAAAUGAGACAAAAAAAUUAUAUAUAUAUACAUUGAUGAAGAAGUUAUGACUGUUUGACUGGCUUUGUAAAUUUUGUUCAAUAUGAAACAAUGACGCAAAUUCAUUGUGAUUGUUUUCUAAGUGCCGAAAUUAAACGAUGUCUCUCCACAACUCAUCGAUGUAAGCGACUACCCAUGAUGCACCGCUGUAGGGACAUGUUAGUGUUGGACACCUACUGUUAUGCACCUCUGUACCAACCCUAUAUAUAUCUUCAGCAUCGGACAGAAAUGAUCACAAUUUCUUUUCCCAUUUGUAUUAAAUAUAUAAUAUCUGUUGUUCUUCAAAUCAAAAGUCUAAAUUAAUUUUCUUAUGUUGAUUGUAAAUUUAUCAUUCAGUAAAAGUGGGGAGACAAGUGGAUUUUUAUCUGAUUCAUAUUUUACACACGGCUGAGUGGUUUGUUUUUAUAGUAACGUUUUAUUUGGCAUUAGUACUGUCCAGGUGAGGAGUUUCACUUUGUGGAGGGAGGGAAGACGGAACCAGACGGGAGGAAGGAGAGACUUUCAGGCUGCGCUCACACCUUCUGUUGGGUUUUGGUUUUACUUCAGCUGUUGAUGAGCAUCGCCUCUCUUGGGUAUAUGAAAGGCUAUAGAUGUGCUGCUCCCGGGUGUCAGUUCUCAUGUUAUUCUGUGGAGUUUUAGACUCAAACGCCAUCUGGCGGUGCGUUUGACGAGCUUUAGGACCAACACACCCUCAGAGCAGGCGGCUGUUAUGAACCGAUUCUGACUGGAGAGAAAGUCAGCGGCACCGACGGCACAGAGAGUUUUGGUGUUAUGGUUCUCACCAAAGAGAAACCGGUCCCAAUGCUCAGUCCCCGUCCCUGGGGCUGGGCGAUAUGGCUAAACAUGUUAUCACGACUUGUAUAUCGGAAAUGAUCUGGAUAAAUGUCAAAUCAUGAUUUCUGCUCCUGAGUGAAGGUCAACUGUGGUUUUAAACUUUUCUUUCUGGUCUGAACAAACACUGGAUGCUGAACAGUGAACAUUCAGAAGCAUUAAGAUAAAAUCUGUUUUCAACAAAUAUGCACGAGUAAAAUUAAGUGAAAUGUUUUUCCAGUCCCAUUUACUAAACAAAACGUGGUUAAUUAUCAUUAUUGUUUUAUUGCCCAGCCGUGCACAAAACUGCAAAAACAGCUGAGUGUUAGCAUCAGUCCACAAUUCAUUUAGUUCUUUUUGUUUCCUGAAGAGGGCUUUUACGUUGAGAUGUGAUGAACGAGCUGUAGGGCUCAACACAGCAAAGCAACAAGCAAACAUCAAACUUCUGCUUACCUGUUUAGUAAAAAGCAAAAGUUUUUGGUGGACAUGCAGCUACCGGUCGUUCUCAACAACCUCUGUUGUUUUGAACGCCCUUCCAGCACUGAGUGACCAAACACACAGUGUUUUAAGGCACCUCUGUGCUUUAGUUUUGGGGGGAAUCAAACAGUAGGUGGUGUGAACGCAGCCCAACCGUCUCUGACCUUCUGUGUUUGUUAUAUUUAACCUGAAGAUAAAAAGUCUUGUGGAAAGAACUAUUAGCUCUAUUAGAUGUCUUUACUUUUUUAUACUAGAGAAUUUAAUGUCAAACACUUGUAUACAAGUUUUUUCUCCUGUCAAGCAGUGCAGUUAUUUUAAUCACAAAGAGAGAGAGAGAGAGAGAGAGAGAGAGGCUUCAUAUUCCAACAAGUCAUUCCUAAUGAGAUCCAUUAUCACCUGCAGGGAUGACAGAGGGCGUCGUUAUCCAAAGUGCAAUCAGAGGCUCGUGAUGGUGGGGAUUCUGCAGGUGCCAUACCUCGACUGCUUGUAAUAUAGACGGAAUCUGAUUAUGUUUGCUGAAUGGAAAACUGUAUGAGGAACCUUUAUGGAAAAUUAUUUUCAGCAGGAAAUAUAAACCCACCCACACAAACACUACAACCCUCUUCUUCGCUUUCAUAAGUGCAAUUAAUGUGCAUUUAUGGGCCUGAUGAGUUUUGACUUCAUUUUCAUUCGCCAGACUUUGGCUGUUUGGAAACACGUUGAUCGCACACAGCAGGGUUUUCAGCGCCCGAGCUUUAAGACUCCAGACAGACGCAGACCAGCUCGCCUUUGAAGGGUUUCCCCUCCAAAAAGUUUCACAUCUUUAUGUCGGCAGAAGAAACGGAGGGACGUUAGCUUGUCAGGAUGAAGGGCUUCAUUUUGUAGAAAGUCUCAUACUGUUGAUGGUCAGUCAGAAGGUGAACUCCUUUGAUUGAACAGCAAGUGUUAAUCAUUAACUGCCAGCGCUAACUGAUUUUGUCCCAAUUACAUUUUAAUGCAAAUCUGUUCUCACCAGUAUAAACAAAAACAAGUUUGUCAAUGUUGGACGAUUGUGCAAAACCCCGAUUACAUUCAAGGACUUUCCUUUAUGCCUAAUGCCAACAUGUUAUUCUUGAUUUCUAGCAUAUCUGCUCAUGUGACACCCACAGUGUUAACAUCAGGUAAAGAGCGUGUUUAUGGCAGACAAACACUUGGUUAACCUCCAAUCACUGACCUCAGCCCUCCAUGCAUUACGUAGUGCAUUUCCUACACGUUACAAGCCAGUUAACAAGGGUUGGGUAUUGAGAACUGGUUCCAAAUGUCGAGAACACCCGUGCGUUCCUGCAUAUCUCAGCUCCUGACUGAACUGCAGUGAGCAUUUUACAGUCAGUGUCUCUGAUCUGCCAGCAGCUGCCACGCCGACCUAACGUCACCUCAUGUGUUACGUCAACAAAGCAUGAAGAAGAGAGUCCUGCUGGUUCCGGUCCUGGACCGUGGCGGACUGCAGCAAACGCUCCAAACUUUGGCUGAGCUUCACUGAAAAACUGCAGUCAGGAGGUUUGCUGCGAGGGAGGAAGCAGCUCCGACGUGACGAAGCGUUUCCUUCAACACGGCGUGAAUCUGAACCCUUCACCGUGUCGCGCUCUGCCAGCUACAAUGACACCCCAGAAACAACUAACGCUCUAGGACAGAGACUCCUUUCACUUUAGCCAUGAAGGGGACGAGGAGCAAGGAGGAAGAGGAUGAAGGUCACCGAGCGCUGACGAGAGAAUCCAUAAAACUGAAACGAUAACAACCCUACUCCUUUCUUUCUACCUCCCUCCAUCCUCCCUUGCAUCCUUUAUCCUUCCUUCCCCAGAGACGCCCCUCUAGGACAGAGACUGUUUUCACUUUAGCCAUGAAGGGGACGAGGAGCGAGGUCACAGAGCGCUGACAUUAUCUGCGGUGAAGGAACCAGAACUGAGAUUCAAUAAGUGGAAUCGGAAUUGAUAAAAUUGACCCAAUACCCAACCCUAACAUUAACCAUCCCGACCGCCGCACCCUUACUUUCCAGCUUACUACACACAGGUGACAUUACGUCCUGCAUUAGCGCUAAGCGUUGGCAUUGGACAUAAAUUACUGGCGUUGAAUUGUCCGAUAUGGACUUUAUUCAGAGGGCUAGGGCGCUGAUUCUGAACCAAAAUUCACCCAGUUCCCUAAACAGAUGACAGGAUCAGUUUAGCCUGUUGGUUGUAGGACCAAUAUCUUUUCUGGUGCAUUAAAUCUGUGUGCUAAACGUCUGAGAAAAGAUUUAAUGUGUUACAGAUGUUUAACAUGUGACCGUCUCAUUUUCUCUGUUCAGAAAACCGUGAAUAUCUUACAUCUCUGCCAAAGGGAGGUAAAAAGCUAACGUUCUGCUCAUGUGUGAAUACAGACUAUCCAAUUACAUUUUAAAAAACCGUACCGUGUCUUUCAUUCUGUCUGAAAAAUGGACAAGCAGAAGAAAAGCAGACGUUAUCUGAACUUGGUUUUUGUGUCCGCCGGAUCAUCGAGACUGACGCAGCUCUUAUCUGAACGGACUCUACGUGGAUGUUUUCUAACUGUCAGUAGUUGCUUUUGUGAACCGACUUGCUUGUCACGCUGUAAUCCACAACACGACGGACGUACUGAGGACCCUGAGGUUACGAUUGGUCAGCAGAGAGGAGGUGAACAGGAAGUCUGUGUGCUGGGAUGGCUUCAUGUGUCACCCCCCCUUUACGUUAAAACUCCGGCACCCCUUCAGAAAAUGAAAACAUGAACUGUCAUAGCAUAUAGUCUGUCACAGUACAUCUAAGGGAGACCCUUCUUUUAUUUAUGAAUAUGCUGCUUGGAGUUUCUUAAUCUUUAAUAAAGAAAUAUGGUUUACA